UAAAUGCAUUCGAUGCGCAGUCCUGUUAAAUAAAGGUCACUGGGUUUUUUUCUCCCCUGGAAAAAUAAUCGUUUUGGGAUCAAACAAUAUGUUUGAAUUUGAUAUGAUAUAACAUAACGUAAUUUGUCAUCAGCUAUGAACAAAUAUACUUGGGACCAUCCAGUGCGGCGUGUUUCAUUUUGUAAUUGAUGGUUACUCACCUUGACGGUGAUAUUUCCGGUGGCGAUGAAGGCCGCAGCUGUGUUCGUGUGCUCUGUUUUCUUCGUUGGACGGGACGAGGCUUCAAUCACUGACCGAUUUCGACGAGUGAGCCGAGGGAGUUGACUACAUUGGAAUUUACUUCGCCGCAAACGGCCCACUAUAUUCCCUUCAUGUGCUCACUAGAUGUUUCACAAGCCCCUGUGUUAAAUGGAGCUAGAGGACCAAUGGUGGAAAGGACAACUGGCUACCGAUAUAUACCAGGCGCUGCGAUACAAUCUAGACAUCUUGCUGUCUACCUGCUGGACCUCUUCAUGGACCGCUACGAUGUCACAGUGCAGCAGCUUCACAUGGUCUCGCUCUCAUGUCUGCUUUUGGCUAGUAAAUUUGAGGAACGGGAAGACAGGGUUCCAAAAUUGGAGACUCUGAACAGCCUGGGGUCCAUGAGCUCCAUGAACAUAGUUUUGACCAAGCAGGCUCUACUACACAUGGAGCUUUUCCUGCUAGAAUCCUUCCAGUGGAACCUGUUCCUCCCCACAGCAGCUCAUUUCAUAGACUACUACCUUUCUAUCGCAGUCCACGAGGGAGAUCUCCAUGAUGGCUGGCCUAUGACCUGUCUAGACAAAACGAAUCUCUACAUGGCCAAGUAUGCUGAUUACUUCCUGGAAGUCUCCCUGCAAGAUCAUGUGUUUUUAUGUUUUGCACCCUCUCUGGUGGCUGCUGCAUGCGUGGCUGCCUCACGCCUCAUCCUCCAUGUAUCCCCUACAUGGCCCCCCCGAUUACAGCGGCUCACAGGCUAUACAUGGGAGAACCUAGUCCCCUGUGUUGAGAAACUCCUCAUUGCACAUGACAGUGACGUCAAAGAGGCAAACAAGCAGAAGUGCCCACAGCCACAGCAGCAAGGCCAGACAGUGUACCACAGUUCGAGCCAGGCAGCCACUGUGGCCCAGUACCUGCACCGGCCCAGCAUGCAAUACACCCAGCAAGCUACACAGCCAGCUCUAGCCCCAAACCACAGGCCUGCCUCAUAUCUGGCCCAUACCACCACCCUGCAGGUCCCAAAAUGGUCCCCCGGAGGGCAGUACUCAAGUCAUCGCUGCUUCAUUGGAGCCAAAGUCAAACCUUACUAACAGGGCUUAGCAAGUUGGCAGGCACUAGAGUUGCACAUCAUGCUUUGACAGAUGAUGGACUUUUGGGAUUGGGAAGAAAUGACAAGAUAUCUUUCUUUGUACUAAAAGGCAUUACACUGCAUGAAAAAGCAUGUUUUUAAUUUGAAGGGACUUGACGAGAUAGAUGCCUCACUUUGGGCCACAAGGUUUAAGCUAUGUGGAAAAUGCAUGCUUUGUAGUAAUUUUCUGGAGAGCCAGUAUUUGGAUUUUUGUUCGAUAACUGGUAUGAGUACCACGAGAGUUCGCACUGGUGUAUUACUAGUAUCAUAGUUUUGUGUCAGGCCAUAAUUCUAUUUAUUUAAGCCAAAGUACCUUAGAAGUAUUGAACGGAAAAUGCCUUACAGCCAUGUUUUUGAUAACAAUGCACAGAAUUCAUGUCCGUUUGUGGCCAAUGAAAAUUUUGUGAGCACAAUUGUUGACUUUUUCUGUACCUGUAUUUAUUUUUUUCUGUUUAUGUACUUAUGAACUGUGGAAAGAAUAAGUUCAUAUGCAGAGAUAUUGUUGCUCUUCUGUACACACAUUAUUUCAGUCAGUGCUAUGCACUAAUGAUUGUUUUAUAUAAAAUACAAAUCUCUGUUGAA